AUGCCGGGUAUCCUUGGGCCGUCCUCCUCGUCGCGGGACAGCGACGACUUUUCCAUCCAGCUCACCGACGCGUCGUGCCCGGCCUGCAUGCAGAUGUACAGCGACUCCGAGCCUAAGCGGGUCCCACGGUUACCGCCCCUUUGCGGCCACUCGAUGUGCACGGAAUGUAUUGGAAAAGUCAGAGCGUGCGUCGUGUGCCGUCGUGGUUUCUACGGUGACUCCACGCACUUUAAGAUCAACUACACACUAAUGGGGCUCGUCUCCGAGCUGGCCAAGCAGGGCGAGGUCCCCGACUCGACGGCCAAGUGCGCGUCGUGCGAGGGGAGGUCCAGGGUCGAACGAAUGCGGGUAUGUCGAACAUGCGCCAGGCAGGCAAAAAUCGACGUGAAAAAGGCGAAAAUCGUGGAGAUGACGGCACACGUCUUCUGCUCGGAUUGUGCCAUCGAGAAACAUCUUGAUAAGAAGCAUGAUAUGGACAAAUAUCUGGAUUAUUAUAAUCGCCUGGAGAUGCAGGGAAUUACGGAAAAGAUGAAGAGCGACCUGUGCGGGAUCCGGGAUACUGUACUCCAGAUUGGGGUCGAUUCGCAGGCUGGGGCUCAAAAAUGGAUACAUGAGAUGAACAAGCUCUGCCAGGCGGGUACAAAAAUCCGGUCCACCGAAGAGGGACACCGUAUGCGGGAGCAGGCCAAUGAAGAAGUGCAAAAGCUCCAAGACGCCGUAGCUGCCCUGCAAGAAGCCCAGAAGCUUUUUAAUGAAAUCAGCGAGGAAAGCCGCCUAAACCUGCGAAAACAAAUGGACGACCUCCGACAAGUACGGCGUAAAGAGCGUGGCCGCGGAAUUUUCGGGCGUUUUGGCGGCUUUUUUUAUCGGAGUUUGACGACCAGGAAGAAGGCAAUAGCAGCCCCGGAAGUCAGCCAGGAUUCUGGAAGCAUCGUGUCGGCCGAUAAGACU